UAGGAAUUGAAGCCGUCCGCAAUCUGCCUGCACCCUGAUGACUGGAGGAACCCUUGGAGAUGACUGGCCCUGCUGAACACAGAGAACCUGACAUCUCAUGUGUGUAAAGGAUUUUUGGACAGAUUUUACAACUCAUUAAAAGAAAAACAUUCUGACUUCACCAUGGCCACCAUAGAGAAAGAACUGGUUAACAGCUGCAUGGAUACAAAAGGAAAAGAACACCGCUUGUGCUAUUACAUUGGGGCAACAAGCGAUGCAGCCACGAAGAUCAUCAGUGAGGUCAGCCGCCCAAUGAGUGCUCAUGUGCCUGUGUCGAAGAUAUGCGAGAAACUGAAGAAGAAUGACAUUCAGAUCUGUGAGCUCAAAUAUGAAAGGAAACUGGACUUAAACUCGGUGGAUCUCUCCAAGAUGAAAGUGGUUGAGCUGAGGAAGAUCCUGGAUAGCUGGGGAGAAGUGUGCAGAGCAUGCAUAGAGAAAACAGACUUUGUGAACUUGAUUAAGGAGCUGGCACCUAAGUAUACGUUUACAAACCCCAAAUCAGACCUUUGAUACUUGUGCCAAUCUAGUGCUUGCUAUGGUAGGUCAUUUCUCUGUGCACAAAGAAUGACUGACAAUGGAAUAGCUGGGCUAAAAAACUUAUUUGGUUACAACUCACAAGUGCCAAAAAACAGAGUUAUUAUUAAUAAUUGCUUAUCUAGCACCACAGAAGGGCAUAGUACUUUACAGACAAGACAAGGUCACUGCACCAAGGAACAUAAUAUAUAAGAAUCAAAUUGUAUUUGUAUUGCCAUAGCAAAUAGAGUCCUCAGCCCCACAGUGCUAACACUGUACACACACAUAACAAAAAAAUGACCCCUGCCCCAGAGAUCUUAUACUUUAAAGUAGAAGAGGAGAGACCAAACCCCACCCCCCUAAACAAACCCCAAACAGACCUUUAGCUAAACCAGUGUAAUGUGUGUAGACAAUCUUAGGGCUUGUACGGCUUUCACCAUAUUGGUUUAAAAACCAUUACAUAUUAUUGACAAAAUACUAUUAUUUUCCAUGACACAAUAUAUACAGUUAUAAGCAAUUUGAUAAUAGUAUAACUGCAUCCACAGUAGAGGGUUGCAUCAGUUUAACUACAUUGGUUUCUAAACCAAUCUGUUUAAGUCAAUACACAAACUGUGUGGAGACCAGCCCUUCUGUCUAUUCAAACCU